AAAGACCCUUUUAUGCAGAGUGACUUAUAGUCCCAUAACAAGUAAUUCUUCUUAACAAGGCAAAUAAAAAGUGCCAGUUAUACAAGGUUUCAAGUCACAUCCUGAGAACAGAAAGCAUUUUAUUUUCCACAAACAGCAAGCCUUCUACAAAAGAGGCGUCACCAUGAAUACCCAGCCACAUAAAUUACCCGAAGAGAAGAAAAAGCAGCUCUGUGCCUUGUUAGGUGAUGUGAAACUGAAUCUUCUCUACAAAGCGUCUGUUCAUGGAUAUAAUUCUGCUGCUUUUCAUCAGCGCUGUGACCAUCAGGGUCCAACUUUACUCGUAGCCUACAACACCUCAGGCUACAUCUUUGGUGGAUAUACGAGUAAAGAUUAUACUCAGAGCGGGCAGUGGGUUAUGGAUGUGGAUGCUUUCCUGUUCUACUAUCAAGGCCAGAAUCCUGUGUGCAUCAAAAUUAACAAUGGACAAUAUGCACGUCUUGAUGACGCCAAAGGGCCCAGCUUUGGUCAACAGUUGCACAUUUGCUAUAACAACCAACCAACUGUGUAUAAUCAAGGGGGCAAUGCAUUCACCAUUAAUACUGCCUUCAUGUAUGGGAACAACACUAACCUGACUGAAUGCGAGGUGUAUAAAAUUGAGAAGAUCAGUGUUGAUGAGAAACCAUUGAAGAGCAUGGAGUGGACAACCGAACAAAGAGAAACGCUUGUAAAUUUUUUCAAGAACUACGAACCCUUGGUGUCCUCUGUGAACCGGGUUCGAAUCCUGAUGAUCGGUCCUGUGGGUGCUGGAAAGUCCAGUUUCUUCAACUCCAUCAACUCCAUCUUCAUGGGUCGCAUGACCAGCAAAGCCAUGGCAGGAUCUUUAGGCACCAGUCUCACUAAAGAGUUUCGCACAUAUGCACUGAAAGAUGGCCGUGAUGGAAAGCCAUUGCCAUUUGUGUUGUGUGACACUAUGGGACUGGAGGAGCAGACAGGUGCAGGUCUGGAUAUUGAGGACAUCAGCAGCAUCAUUCAUGGUCUCAUACCAGACCAAUAUAAAUUCAACCCUGUUUCACCAUUUGAUCCUUUUGAGCAAAAGUCCUUCACACCUGCAUCUCUGGAGCAGAAGAUCCACUGUGUGGUGUUUGUGAUAGACACCUCCAAAAUCUCACUCAUGUCCAGCAAACUGGAGGAAAAACUUGUUGCCAUACGCAAAAAAGUGAACUCACUGCGUGUUCCCCAGAUCGUCUUGAUGACUAAAGUAGAUGAGGCAUGUCCAGUGGUGGAAAAAGAUCUUCAAAAGGUUUUUCUCAGUUCCUACAUUAAGAAAAAGGUACAGGAGGUCAGCUCUCGAUUGGGUGUUCCUGAGUAUUGUGUGUUACCUGUGAAGAACUACAGUCAGGAGCAUGAACUGAACCUCAACUGUGAUCUCCUGCUUCUCACCGCUUUACAGCAGAUGCUUAACUUUGCUGAAGAUUAUUUGGGUGGUGAUGCUGCUGCCAUUUAGAGCAAAAAACUUUAAAAUGUUGCUUAAAGUAGCCUGUUCAGAUAUAUCAUCUCAAUGCAAUUUCUUCCAGAUGACUAUUUUAAUGAUAUGAGGACAAGCCAUCAUAAACAGCUACUGUUUUUCUCAAGUUUAGCUUCUUCUCUAUUUUUUUCCUGUUUUGGCUGUCUAAUAAAUGUAGUUAACUAACACAACCUUGUUGUCUGUUACCAUUUUGGGGUAAAAGAUAUUCAUUGUUUCAAGCAUCGGUCAUCAAUAUUUCACUAUUGACACACUAAAGCAAAAGAUAAACAUCCUCCUGACAUUUUUUAGGCAAAAGAUUAAAUAAUAUUAGACUGAAUAAAAUACUGAAAUGUGGUAUGAGUAUGGAAUUCAGGAAUUGACACAUUAUGUAAAUUAAUGCAACAA